CCACUGUGGUUGACUUGCCAGGAAUCAGGACAAACCAGUUUCAGUCAUAGCCCAGUUUGCUGGGAACUCUCAAUCUCGACAGCAAAUGCUGCGCUGGCUGCAGUCUCACGGAGAAAUAAUGGAUCAUCCGUACAGGAAACUCACAACAGUCGUUCCUUCAGGUGACGUCCUCCGACUUGUCGAAAGGCUGCUUACUCCCACGAACCACACAGAGACCGGAAAUAAUGGCGGUGUGAAUACGCGAGGGAUCAUCAUUGCCGUCUGCCUGCUGCUGCUGACCAUUGUUUCCCUGGCUGCCCUCUUCAUCCUGUACCACCGACGUGGACACUCCUUUAAACGACCCAAGAUGAACUUCCGUCGGAAUAUUCUGAGGGAGCUGAACGCCAUCCAGCUGGAGUUUCAUCCCCCGUUCACUGUCAGUGGGAUGAUGAACAGUGUGGGGAAUCGCAGCUCAGACCACCAGUUCCAGUAUCGCAAUACGAAGGGAGGGGGUUGGGGGCACAAUGGGACUGAAGAGGAUGAGCCGUAAUUCUCACCAAAUCACAGCUCGUUUUGCAAAGAAAUGCAGAGAAUCAAGAAUUUAAAUCAUAAACAUUCCUCUACUGCAGUAACCACUGUGCCACCACAAGGCAUGGUGUAUUUGGUGCCCUUUAAUGUUUAUUUGUUGUAUGUUUAUUUGCU